AUGGGGCGGAAGGAUAUCAUCUGCAGCUGGAAGAAAAGCAUCAGUAACAUCAAGGAUGUCUUUGACUUCAAGGGGAAAAUGGGAUCGGGGUCAUUUUCAGAGGUGUUUAUGGUGAGAGAAAAGACAACGGGGAACCUGUAUGCCCUGAAAUGUCUGAAGAAAAAGCACCUUGUUCAUAGCAACCUGGAAAAUGAAAUCAAAGUACUAAGAAGAAUAACACAUGAAAAUGUGGUGGGAUUGGAGGAUUUCUAUGAGACUAGAACACACUAUUACCUGGUCCUGCAACUGGUGUCCGGCGGGGAGCUUUUUGAUCGAAUUUUAGACAAGGGAGUUUACACCGAGAAGGAUGCAAGCACAGUGAUCACACAGGUGCUGCAGGCUGUCAGCUACCUGCAUGAAAACAGCAUUGUACACAGAGACCUAAAGCCUGAAAACCUGCUGUACUAUAACACAGACAAGAAUGCUAAGAUCAUGGUCAGUGACUUUGGUCUGUCUAAGACGUUGGAGCAUGGAGUCAUGUCCACAGCUUGUGGGACACCAGGAUAUGUAGCUCCUGAGGUUCUGGCACAGAAACCCUACAGCAAAGCAGUGGACUGCUGGUCCAUUGGAGUCAUCACAUACAUUCUGCUCUGCGGCUACCCUCCAUUCUUUGAAGAGAACGAAACUCGUCUGUUUUCAAAGAUCAGAAGAGCUGAGUAUGCUUUUCAUUCACCAUUCUGGGACGACAUCUCUGAGUCGGCUAAAGACUUUAUCAGGAAUAUGAUGGAGAAAAACCCCACCAAGCGCUUCACCACUGAACAGGCAAUCAUACACCCCUGGAUUUCAGGAGAUACAGCUAAAGACCUGGACAUCUAUCAGUCUGUCUGUGAACAGAUGGAGAGAAACUUUGCCAAAUCCAAGUGGAAGCAAGCCUUCAAUGCAACCUCAGUAAUCCAUCACAUGAAGAAACUGCAGCUGUCCCACAGUGAUUCCUCACCUUCAGCCCUCUCCAUGCCAAAUAUCAUAGUGCAGUCCUCCUCACAGGAUGAUCUAUCCUGCAGUCAUCCUGAGUCAGGCAGGGGUCUGUCAAGAGAAGUCCAUACCUUUAAGUCAACGGGCGACGCCUCUCUCAGGUCGUCCAGGAGCGUGGAUGCUGUGGCUCAGAGGAAAGACCAGCCACUCCAGUCUGGAGUCUGCUCUAUCAUGUGA